AGCUGAGAUCGUACAAGGUACUACAUCUGCUCCUGGCGGGUGACAGGAAGGACUCUGAAACCCAAAGUGCCCACCCCAUUGCAGGUGUUCAAGAUGUCAUUGAAGGUGCAGACAAGUAACAUCACGAACAAGAACGAUCCCAAGUCCAUCAACUCCAGAGUCUUCAUUGGCAACCUCAACACAGCCGUGGUCAAGAAGUCAGAUGUGGAGACCAUUUUCUCCAAGUACGGCCGAGUGGUGGGCUGCUCCGUUCACAAGGGCUACGCCUUCGUGCAGUACUCCAACGAGAGGCACGCGCGUGCCGCUGUGCUGGGCGAGAAUGGGCGCGUGCUUGCUGGCCAGACUCUGGAUAUCAACAUGGCCGGGGAACCUAAGCCAAAUAGACCAAAAGGGCUGAAGAGAGCAGCCUCGGCAUUGUACAGCGGCUACGACUUCGACUACGACUAUUACAGAGAUGACUUCUACGACAGGCUCUUCGAGUACCGGGGCCGCGUGUCGCCGGUGCCGCGGGUGGUCCCCGUGAAGAGGCCCCGGGUCACCAUCCCGCUCGUGCGGCGUGUGAAGGCCACGCUGCCCGUCAAGCUCUUCGCCAGGUCGGCCGCCAUUGCCAACAGCUCGGCCAAGCUCAAGUUGAAAUGCAGCGAACUGCAAACGAUCAAAACCGAACUGACCCAGAUCAAAUCCAACAUCGACGCUCUUCUGGGCAGACUGGAGCAGAUUGCUGAAGAACAGAAAGUGUCCACAGAAGUACGGAAGAAGGUUGACGGAAGCAAAAGUGAGAUCUCCCAGGAAGACACAGCAUCAGAGGCAGAGAUCAACACAGAGGAGCCACUGAAUGGGGAUGAGGGUGAGGAAGAGGGUCUUGCACGAGAUGAUUGUGAAGAUGAACUGGAGAACAGCCAUUACACAGAUGUGGAGGAUGCCAGACUACAGUAACCAGGAGAUGCUCUUUCACACUGAUCCUCUGAGCUUUCCUAUCAUGGAGCCUGGCUGCUCACCUGGGCCAUCAGUCAACACCUCUCUCCAUUUCCUAACCCACUGCCUCUCUGAAGCUCAGGGAAAAUGAUGCACCUAUUUUUUUCUCUCCUCUGCUUGCAGCCUGUUCAGAACAGCAGUGAGCAACAAUGCGUGGAAAGCACGGGGCUAAACCCUGUCCUGGCACCCUGAGCAAGACGAGCUAACCUGAAGGGCUGCUGUCAUCUCUACUCGGCAUUGAAAAGG